CUUGGGAUGGCCACGUAAAUCCAACCCUGCCCUUGGGCGCCCGAUAGACAGUGCCAGUGGACUGGGCGUUGUCUGUUUGCCAUUCUACAAUUGCUUUUGCCAUGUUUCUCGCCCCAGAAUCAUGGUCCAGCAACCCUGGGCAUUUUGUCGCAGAAUCAAGUCGGGGCCUCCCCGAACCUCCACCCACCACUCACUUUGCUUUGACCAUGGUCAUCACUUUGCCAGCCUGUCUCUCUGCUCCCUCGGCUGAGCACCAACGCAUUCUUCUCUAUAUCUACUCGAUCGGCUGCAGUGCAUCUGAUUCCGCCGCUACGAUGGCAGUCACACCCCCAUUUCAUGUUUGAAGUUGGCGGAGGUCAUACCACGACAACAUACUCAACGCAGACCUCCCGCCCAUGUCGCUGCUGUUACAUGGUCGAAUGGCUGCAAAUCUGGACCCCCAGCCACCAUUUUCCGUUGAGGCAUGCUUGUAGGCGCGAUGGACUGUCAGAGACCGUUUGGCGUGUGGUGCCAGGGCGAUGGAUGGUCUGGGGGGGGCCCCGGCUCCCGCGGUAAGUGGCUUUCGGACUUGGCAACUCACCCGAACCUUUUAGAGUUUGGAACCAUUCCUUUAUUGGACUCGCCUCUUUCCCUGUUUAUCUUGCAGUCACGCAUGGGCUUGCCUUGGUUGGCACGGAUCUAGAUCUGAUGCUGUGUCGAUGCUGGACAACCAUUGUCGCAGAUGUUUUCAUUGUGGAUGUGCCAGAGACAAUCAUUAAUAGAUCCCCCUAAGCUGCCGCUGCUACUGGGGAACCGACGACGCGCCAUAUCGCCUUCCCUUCUCGCGUAGACGCGCCGGUCCCACUAUGAAAUUCGAUGGCAGCACCAUGGCAUCAGUUGGCUUUGCCUCCUGGUCAAACCACCUCUGUUGACCUUGUCCGCAAUCAGAGCUACAACACAAAGCCCCUGGCAGGGGUCAAACGUACCAUUCAAAAAGUGCAUGACGUUCAGCUAGGCCUUCCAAUCCACGGCCAGUCAUCAGUCCAGCGGCCACAGACCAUCGACACGCCUCUUUACCCGUGCGACUGCCACCCACCUCGCCUUCAAGCCAGUUGUAUUAUUGAAGCGGACCGCAGUGAUGGCAGCAAAGCAGCCGUGCACACCCCUUCUGCUCAUCUGCCUCUAAUAAAGUCAUCUACCCCAGGCCCUUCGCAAAACCCUCUUCUCAGCCUUCGACAUCCCCGGUAUGGUUUACCUUCCCAGUUAGUUGACAAUUUCGAAUCACUUGGUGUGCGCGCCAUAUACCCAUGGCAGUCGUCGUGCUUAUUGGGCCCGGGGGUAUUGACUGGAGAGCAAAACUUGGUCUAUACAGCUCCCACUGGCGGGGGCAAAUCGCUGGUGGCUGAUGUCCUUCUACUUAAACGAGUCAUCGAAGAUCCUACAGCAAAGGGGAUCCUCGUCCUCCCCUACGUCGCUCUUGUCCAAGAGAAGUUGAAGUGGCUACGUGCCUUAGCGGAUAAAGUAUCCAGAGCGGUUGACGAUAGCCCUGACUGCCUGCCAGCACCGACAUGGCGCCGGCCAAGCCCACUGGUUCGAGUCAGCGGAUUCUUUGGUGGGAGCAGAUCGAAUAUCAGCUGGUCAGAUUGCGACAUCGCUGUAUGCACCAUCGAGAAGGCCAAUUCACUGGUGAACGGUGCCAUUGAGGAAGGCAAAUAUGGCGACAUCGGAGUGGUUGUGCUCGAUGAACUUCACAUGAUCAACGACGAACACCGGGGGUAUCUUAUGGAACUCGUUGCCACGAAGUUAAUGUCGCUUGCCUCCGGCGAGAAGAAAGUUCAGAUCGUGGGUAUGAGCGGCACCCUGCCCAACCCACAACUCCUAGCACAAUGGCUCAACGCGAAAUUUUACAUCGCAAAAUACCGUCCAAUCCCCAUCGAGGAACAUCUUGUGUAUGAGAAUGCUAUCUAUCCAACAGCAAACGCAAAAGAGUUCUUUCGCACAGCGAGCCAGUUAGCUGCCGGUGAUGCACUCCCGACACAACUACCACAACCACAGCGGACGAUUGCCAUAUCGAAUCACCGAGAACUCCAAAGUCCGACGACCAAUGCCGUCGUAGCAUUGGCUGUUGAAACUGCCCUCGCCGGUCAUGGUGCGCUGACAUUCUGUGGCAGUCGAAUGGGCGCGGAGAAAACUGCGCUCCUAAUCAGCGAUGCCUUACCUACUGAUCAUCUUGGCCGAGACGUGUUGGAGAAGCGACAAGAUCUCCUGGCAUCUCUGUGUGCGCUUCCAGGUGGAUUUGAGCCCACAUUUUCCAAGGUUAUACCUUGUGGAGUUGGCUUCCACCAUGCAGGGUUGACAACUGAAGAGCGAGAGCUCGUUUGCGAAGCAUAUGACGCAGGGAUUCUGCGAGUGAUGGUGGCGACGUGCAGCCUCGCGGCCGGCAUCAAUCUUCCGGCAAGGAGGGUAAUACUAAAUGGGGCUCGAAUUGGCCGAGAGCUUGUUGGUCCUGCUAUGCUUCGACAGAUGCGGGGACGUGCUGGCCGUAAGGGUAAGGACGAAGUCGGUGAGACCUACCUUUGCUGUCAAAAAGUCGACCUUGAGACUGUGGCAGAAUUACUCGAGGCGGAAAUGCCUCCGGUCGAAAGCUGCCUGACACCCGAGAAGCGAGGAUUCAAGAGAGCUCUUCUAGAGGUCAUUGGGACCCGAAUGGCGUCCAGCACGUCAUUGUUGAUUGAAUAUGUCCAGUCGUCGCUCCUUUGGCACAGCAUUGACCGCUCACAAGUUGCGGAAAUGGUCGACGUGGCGAAGAAGGCGUUACUCCAGGAUGGAUUGAUCCAAGAAGGGGAAUACGACAGUUGCCUCGAACCGACCAGACUGGGAAUUGCGGUCGUGGCGGCUGGACUCGGCCCUGAGGAUGGAGUUUUUGUCCACUCGGAACUGCGGCGAGCACUCGAAUCGUUCGUCAUGGAUGGUGAGAUGCAUAUAUUUUAUCUUUUCACUCCGGUCCAGACCACGGGGUUCGCUGAAAUCUCUUGGUUGACUUUUCGAAACCAAUUGGAAGAUCUCGACGACAGUGGAAUGCGAGCGAUCCGACUCAUUGGCGUCAAUCCAGCUUUCGUCAACAGACUCGUCAACAGCGGCGCGCAGCUGAAGGAAAACACGGCGGAGGAGAUCCGGAUGGCACGCAUCUACCGCAGGGCAUACUCCGCCUUCCAGCUACGAGACCUGUGCAAUGAAAUGCCCAUUCACGAAAUCAGCUUGAAAUACUCUGUUCCACGGGGACAGGUGCAAACGCUGGCUCAAACCUGCCACGGAUUUGCAGCAGGGAUGAUCAAAUUCUGCGAGAGAAUGAAAUGGGGGAUGCUGGCGGCUGUGCUGGCACAUAUGCUGGACCGCCUUCGUGCCGGCGCUCGGGCCGAUCUGCUGGAAAUGGCUCAGAUCGCGUUCGUCAAGAGUCGCAUGGCCCGGAUGCUGUGGGAGAACGGAUUCAAGAGUGUUCGAGCUCUGAGUGAGGCCGAUCCACAGGCUCUGGUACCGAUCAUGAUGCAGGCCCAACCACGGAAAACGAAAUUGCAGGGUGAAGCGGCCGCCAAAUUCCAGGCAAAGUUGUUAUCCAAGGCAGAGAUCAUAGUCAGCAGCGCGAACAGACUGUGGGAGAGGCAACAGAUGGUGCAGUGGGAGGAGGAAUAACGACCUGGAUAUACCGGAGGCCGUGAUUCCCUCUCAAGGAGGUGCAGAUGCCCCCGUUCAAGGUUGGGCGAUCAACAUCCAUCCAUUGAAUACGGAAGGUAGUAUGAGGGUCCAAGUAUUUCUUGGUGCCUUGCAUUAGCGGUGCCAUUCCUCGCACGGGCGGGCAACACAAGGGGAAUAAAGUCCUUGCCGAUUUGAGCACUGUCAACACCAGUUAGAGAUGCGCUCCAGACGCACCAGCAACCGCACGGGCUGUGUGAAGCUAGCAAUGCAAGCGAGGGCAGUAGCCGGUGGAGAGGUCUAUCUGACGAUGGGCUUGAUCGGUGUUGUGGUCUUCGCCGAAGCUGCCGACGAUGUGAUCGAGCGUGCCGGCGAAAGACGGCUGGACCUGUAUGAUGCCAGUGCCUGCAUAUUAAUUAUUACAUCGCAGGUGGGAGCUGACAAAUGACCGACAGCGGUUUCUGGGGGGAUGCUUAUUCGAGGAAUCCCAGCUUGGAGAGAAUAGCGCCCAAAGAAGAGCUCCCGAGGGUUGGUUUGGGUGGUUGGGCUGGGUGGAUUACAAAGAAGGCCACUGGGUCGAUUCCGCACUGCGACAGCAGCAGGCCUAGGGUGAUUGGCUGUGCUUUGACAAUCCUCUGUCAGCUUUUCAUAAGCUGGUGUUUUGGUGACAUGGGCACCGAUGGACCGUGUUUUCCGAGGCUGAAAACUUGGGCCCUCGAUAGGCCAGGAAAUUUACUUGUUAGGAAGAAGACAAUGCGGCAAUCGACUCGGACCCGGGAGCUAGGGGCAGAUGCCUAGUUCGCGUAUGAGUUUCGGAGAGGGAGGGAGGCAAGAAGAGCGGAAGUUGCCAUGAGAAAUUCGUGCUCAAGUAAUGCUGCUGUAAUACAAGUACUGUGCAAAUGC